AUGCCGACCGUCACGCCCUCACAACUGGUCGCGCUGCAAUCCACACCCUCGCACAUCCGCAACAUCUGUAUCCUCGCCCACGUUGACCAUGGCAAAACGUCGCUCACAGAUUCACUCAUCGCCACCAAUGGCAUCAUCUCCCCCAAAAUGGCCGGCAAAGUUCGCUAUCUCGACUCCCGGCCAGACGAACAGCUCCGUGGUAUAACGAUGGAGUCUUCGGCGAUUUCGCUCUACUUCAGCAUGAUGCGACGGUCCGCACCAGACGCCGAGCCGAAGCAAGAGGAAUACCUCGUUAACCUGAUAGACAGCCCCGGCCAUAUUGAUUUCUCGAGUGAAGUAAGUACAGCGAGCAGGCUCUGCGAUGCGGCAGUCGUACUCGUCGAUGCGGUGGAAGGCGUGUGCAGCCAGACUGUGACGGUGCUACGACAGGUGUGGUUGGAGAAGCUCAAACCGCUGCUCGUCAUCAAUAAAAUCGAUCGUUUGAUUACGGAGCUGAAGAUGACACCCGCAGAGGCUUACAGUCACCUUGAGCGUAUACUGGAAGGUGUCAAUGCCGUGAUCGGUGGAUUCUUCCAGGGCGAGCGCAUGGAGGAGGAUCUGCGAUGGCGAGAUCGAAAAGACCAACGGAAGGCGGAGGGAGAAAAGGCUUUGGAAGCCGACAUCGAUGGCCAGACCGAGGCGAGCUAUGAGGAGAGAGAUGACGAAGAUCUCUACUUCGCGCCGGAGAAGAAUAACGUCAUCUUUGCGAGUGCGAUUGACGGAUGGGCUUUGACCGUUCGACAAUUCGCCGCCAUCUACGAGAAGAAAUUAGGCAUCAAGAGAUCGGUGCUGGAGAAGGUGCUUUGGGGCGAGUUCUAUCUCGAUCCAAAAACGAAGAAGGUGUUAGGCUCGAAACACCUGAAAGGGAGGAGCUUGAAGCCAAUAUUCGUUCAACUGGUGCUGGAGCCGCUCUGGACCGUCUACGAGGCCACCAUCGGCAUCAAUGGAAGAGGUGACCCGAGUCUGUUGGAAAAAGUCACAAAAUCCUUGUCCAUUAAUUUGCCACCACACAUCAUGCGAUCGCGAGACACGAAAGCCGUACUGCAGGCGCUCUUUGCCCAGUGGUUACCUCUAUCCACCGCUCUAUUGGUGUCGGUCAUCGAGUAUUUGCCCAGUCCACCUGCUGCACAGGCUGCACGUUUGCCGGACAUGAUUGACAGCCUUGUCGGGAGCAAGAACAUCGACGAGACUCUCAAAAAGUCAAUGGUUGAUUUCAACACCGACGAGUCAGCACCGACCGUAGCUUAUGUCAGCAAGAUGGUCGCCAUUCCCGAAAGCGAGAUGCCAAACAAAAGAAGGAAAUUGGGUACUACUCUCACACCAGACGAAGCAAGAGAGUUAGCCCGCAAGAAACGAGCAGAGAUCGCCAAGGCACAAGCUGAAGCUGAGGGCGUCGAUGGUAUAAGUAAUGGUCUCAGCAAUGCGGCAAUUGGGGAUGUCCUGGAUGACGAGUCAGCGCCUGAGCAACCAGAAGAUCCCGAGCACCUGAUCGGAUUCGCCAGACUGUAUUCCGGAUCUCUUGCAGUUGGACAAGAAAUCUGGGUGUUGCCGCCGAAAUUCAACCCUGCUUUUCCACAUGCAUCGCCACAACCGAGGAAAGUUCAAAUUACAGCUCUCUACCUUCUGAUGGGCCGGAGCCUUGAACCGCUCGAGAGAGUACCAGCAGGUGUCGUCUUCGGUGUUGAAGGCCUAGAAGGCACUAUACUCAAGACCGGCACCCUGUGCUCGCAACUGGAAGGCGGUAUCAACCUCUCGGGGAUUUCUAAUAUAGCCCAGCCCAUCGUACGCGUGGCGCUCGAACCAGCCAAUCCACUUGACCUUAACAAGAUGAUCAAAGGUUUGAAGCUGCUAGAACAGUCUGACCCCUCGGCUGUCUACGAGCAGAUGCCGAGUGGUGAGCAUGUCAUCCUCACUGCAGGAGAGUUGCACUUGGAACGCUGCUUAAAGGACCUGCGAGAACGCUUCGCUAAAUGCGAGAUACAGCCCGGCGAGCCAAUUGUUCCGUACCGAGAAACAAUCGUUAGAGCACCAGAAGAAGACAUGGAGCCGCCCAAGAACAAGGAUUUACCUAGAGGCACUACUCUCACGACACCCUCAGGCGAUGACUCCUUCUCGAUCCGCCUCCGCGUUCGUCCUAUACCACCCAAAGUGACUGAUUUUCUCAUCAAGCACGGCGCCUCUAUCCGCCGCUUUUACGCUGAGCAGCAGGCUGAAGAGGAGGACCUCCCCAGCCAGAACGGCCAUGAUGGAACCGACGAAAAGCAAGACCGACAGUCGUCCGACCUUGGCAGCGGUGCUCAUGAGGAAGAGCAAAGCACCAUUCUCAGCCUCCCCGAUUUCCGGAAGCAACUCCAAGCCACGAUCCUAGAAGCCUCCAAAGACGACCACGAUCCCGUCUGGCGAGACAACGACCUCGUCUCCCACAUCUGCGCCUUCGGCCCCCGACGCGUCGGACCCAACCUCUUCGUCGACGCCACCGGCCGCCCCACCUGCAAGCGCUUCCUCGUCGACACACACAACCGCGACGGCAGCGCCGCUGGGCCCGACGUGUCCGAAACAACACUCUACGCCUUCCAACUCGCCACAUCGCAGGGCCCACUCUGCCGAGAACCCAUGCAAGGCGUCGCCGUCUUCCUCGAAUCCAUCACCUACCCCCCGGCCUCCUCCCACGGCGAGGAGCUCGACACCGGCCGCCUCACGGGCCGCCUCAUCAGCUCCGUUCGCGAAGCCAUCCGCAACGCCUUCCUCGACUGGUCCCCCCGCAUCCUCCUCGCCAUGUACAGCCUGACCAUCCAAGCCACUCCUGAGGUGCUGGGCCGCGUGUACUCGGUGCUCACGCGGCGGCGCGGCAGCAUCCUCUCCGAAGAGCUGCUCGAGGGCACGCCGUACUUCACCAUCAACGCCUCACUGCCCGUGGCCGAGUCGUUUGGGUUCUCGGACGAGAUCCGCAAGCGCACGAGCGGCCUGGCGCAGCCGCAGCUGAGGUUCACGGGCUUUGGGCUGCCGGAGGGCGUGGAUGUGGAUCCCAAUUGGGUGCCGAGGAGUGAGGAGGACUUGGAGGAUUUGGGCGUGCAUGGCGAGAGGGAGAAUGUUGCCAAGAGGUAUGUGGAUGGGGUGCGGAGGAGGAAGGGCUUGUUGGUUAGGGGUGCGAGGGGUGGGAGGGAUGCCGAGAAGCAGAAGACUAUGAAGACGAACUGA